AAUAGAACCUCAAGCACCUAAGGUGUCACACUUUGUAGCUACGACUAUCACAAAAGAUUCCCUUACAUUCAUAAUCAUGUCCAAAGCACAUUCAAAUUGUGGCACAAAUGAGUUACCCAUGAUUACAACCGAAACAACAGAAGAAAACCAACAGUCUAAAGUCGCUACAUUACUUCAACUUCGGUAUCCUCCCGGUUUUUUCCGAAAGGUGGUGGCAGAGGCCGUUGCCACCUUCUUGUUGGUGUUUGUGACAUGUGGAUCGGCAGCACUUGCUACAAACAGUGAACAUAAGGUGUCUCAACUUGGAGCCUCCCUUGCGGGUGGUCUCAUUGUGACCGUUAUGAUUUAUGCAGUUGGACAUAUUUCGGGUGCACACAUGAACCCUGCGGUCACACUAGCAUUUGCAGCUGUGGGACAUUUUCCUUGGAACCAGGUCCCGAUCUAUGCAGUUGCACAACUAACGGGGUCCAUAUCGGCUUCAUUCUGUCUACGUGUACUUUUACAACAAGUCAAACAUUUGGGCACAACAACACCUUCAGGGACAAACGAACAAGCUCUAAUAAUGGAAAUCAUCGUCACUUUUACAAUGAUGUUUGUUACGUCAGCAGUAGCCACUGAUUCUAAAGCCGUAGGAGAGUUAGCGGGUCUAGCGGUAGGAUCGUCUGUAUGCAUUACUUCCAUCUUAGCAGGACCAGUAUCAGGGGGAUCGAUGAAUCCAGCACGCACUAUCGGGCCGGCAUUAGCUAGCAAUAAUUAUAAAGCGAUUUGGGUGUAUAUCGUGGGCCCUAUAACAGGGACGGUGUCUGGGGUGAUGUGUUAUAGUUUUAUUCGUACAACUGAUAAACCACUUCAGUCAGUUUCUUCGUUUAAACUUCGAAGAAUGAAGAGCAUUAACGAAAAUGCUACCGUUUAAAGAUAAAUUAAGUUCACUAUAGCUGUAAUAUAUUUCUAUUAACUAUAAUGGUUUCUCGUUGAAUAAAAUGAAAUAAAAUAAUAAAUUAGUUGUUAC